GCGCGUAAUCGGCCCACUUGGUUGUCCUGUGCGAAACUGGUGGGUAAAUGUAAGCUUUAACUGUAUAUUCAACUAAUCUUCGUGAAUGAGCACAUUGUUUACUUGGUAGUUAGAAUUAGUGUAUUCAUUGAAAGUUUUCACAGGUUGAGGAAUUCAGUACGCUUAAAAUAUCGCCAUUUUGUCUCAAGUAAAUCUAUUAAGUGUCUGAAUAUAACUUAUAAGUAAUACUAAUAGUUAUUUUCGUAGAGUUAAAACGGUAUAUGCGUCUUUUAAUGGUGACAGCACCUGAACAGGUUUGCCCUAGUUCUGGAAAGUUGAAGUACGACAAAAGGAAGUCUCUGAAAGACACAUGGGAAAAUUUCUAGUUGUAGAAUACUAUAGAUUAGAAUACAAACGCUUAAAGACAAAUGGUGUAAUAUCCAAGUUGGGGAAAAAUAGCUCAUGAUGAUACUGUGUCGGUGGAAUUAGAAGAGAAAGUUAAAUUUCUGGGGCUGUCUUCAUUGCGGUUAGGUUUGAAAACAAUGCAGCGUUUACGUGGUUCACCUGGAAUUAUUGUUCUACUCUUCUAUUUCAUUUGUAUAUGGAAAGAUAUUUCGGGGCUGUGUCCUGUGAGUUGUGAUUGUGACGAUGGUAACUUACGAGCUUUUUGUAAUUUUGCAAAACUUGAUGUUAUACCCAUUACUUUAAAUCCACAUUUGAAAUAUCUCAGUCUUAAUAACAAUCGUAUAAAAACUACAAUGUUAUCACUUGGUGUGUAUCGGAACCUGGAACAUCUUGACAUAUCUCAUAACGAGCUGGUAAAAUUGACGCCUUUUAAUUUUAUAGGACUUAGAAGUUUACAAUUAUUAAACCUUAGUAGUAAUUUGAUCUCUGAACUUAAUAACGAAACUUUUCUGGGCUUAGAAUCGCUCACAGAACUGUUUUUGGAUCAUAAUCUAUUACAAAGCAUUCCAGAUAGUGUAUUUACAAAACUUCGAGGUUUGAAAAAGCUGGACUUGUCCAUGAAUAGGAUCUCGACCAUCUUACAAGAUUCAUUUCAGGGAUUAAACAAUCUGGAGUACCUUUCUCUGCGAAGUUCAAAACUAACAUUCAUACCAUCAGAAUCAUUCCACAGUCUCAAAAACCUAUUGACUCUUGAUCUAGGAUUGAAUUCCUUUCCUUCCAUUCCAGAAAAUUCUUUUUCUUUUUUAAAUAAACUGACAGAACUGAUUCUAGACAAUUGUGGGAUUCAGGAGAUAGUGUACGGCGCAUUCAAAUGGUUAAAUGCACUUAAAAUACUGCGACUUGAGAAGAACGAACUGUCUGAAAUUCCCACAAAACCUCUUUUCGAUGUCAUUUACUUAGAAGAGAUAUACCUUGGGCAAAACAAGUUUUCAACGAUAAAAUCUCGAUCCUUUCAGAGACUCCAAUAUUUGAGAGUGAUCGAUAUAAGCGAUACUGCAACUUUAAAUAGAGUUGAGGCUGAUUCUUUUGCAGAUAACAAGAACUUGGAGCGCAUCGUCAUGAAUUACAAUAAGAAACUAAACUAUAUUGACGCUUCGACUUUUAGAAACUUGCACGAGUUGCAGGAAAUACACCUUCGAGGAAAUAGUUUCCAGUCAUUUGACCAAGACCUUAUUUCUGGGGGUCUGAAAGUACUAGAUAUAAGAGACAACCCUUUGGUUUGCGCAUGCGACAUGUUAUGGUUAGCCACUUAUCUUCGUGCUGUUAACCUGUCCUUUAGUUCAGAGGAAGAUUUCAGUAAAGUACGAUGUGCCAGUCCGUCGAAUCUGAAAGACAAAAUUCUUCGUGAGCUUACUCAGAGUGAUUUAGGAUGUACUCUGAAAGAUCAUCGACGACCAAUAAUUACUGGAAUAAUUGUAGUUGCAGUUGUGAUAAUGGUAGCUAUUGCUGUCGUGGGAUUCAAGUACCGUAAGAAAGUGACAGGAACUUUAAAGAGUAGGUGGAAUACCAGGAAAAAGGAAACCAAGUAUCAUAAAACAGGGUACCUAGAAGAAGACGACACUAUUCUACAAGCUGCUCAGCGACCUUUGAAGAUCGCACCUGUAACUGAGCUGUGAUCAGCGUCUUUGUGCAUUGUGAUACACUAGUGCGAAAACAUCUAGAAAUAUAUGAUCAUUAAUAAGUUCGGCGGCUGUCAAUCAUCAUCUUAUGGUAAAUGUAACUGAGACUAAGAAUCCGAUCUGCUUUAGCAAAUGCUGCAGAAGUGAACCGUUAAGCAUCAAGACACUGCACAAAUCCAUACAACUUUUCACUAAAGAUAUUUACUAUUGACAUUCCAUUUGUUGUUAAUAAUGCUGAAUUUGGAAGGGUACUGAUCAGUUAUUAGAUGUUGUCAUAGGUAAAAAAAUCAGAUGGCUGAAAUAUGUAGUGUUCACGUAUGUAUGUAUGUAUAAAAGUAAUGUAAAUAUUUGUGUUGGUUAUCGCAUAAUGUUUUUUUUUGUUCAUUUUAUUCGUGUUUUGUUAUAGUCCCCCCCCCCCCUCUUCAACACAGUGGCUCAGUGGUAAGUAUGAUGACUUAUAACGCUGAAAAUCGUAUUUCGAUACCAGUGUUGGACACAGCACAUAUAGCCCAUUCUGUAGUUGUGUGCUUAAUAAUAUACAAAAAAAAUUAUACUAUAACAAAAUAAAGUCAUUCGUUUGGAAAUUAAACAUUGGUACGAAAUUUAUAUAUUCAACAGUAUAAAAAAUUUAAUCGUUGAACAGAAGAGGUGAAAUAUAUUGUUUAUUCGAGUUGUUUUACGAUUCUCGUACUAUGGGUGGUAAUAACGAACAAAGCUGACUCUGAAUUUGCAAAAACAGUAAUAUAAGAUAUAGUUAGAUAGAAAUAAAACUUGUAUCGUAUUAUAGAUUAGAUUUGUUCAAGUGGAAUUAUUUUUAUUCUUUUUUAUACAUUUUUAUAUCUCUAUUCUGUUCAUCAACAAUAGUUAUAAAAGGUGCAUAUAUUCGAGACUUUAAGAGUUAAAGUUUACUUUAAACAGAUAGGUUUUCAGGGGUAUUCUGUGUAAAACUAGCACGUUCCAGAAAGUUAUAUUCAUGAACUUGUAAACUUCUCACACUUGUUAUGGAAAAAAAAUUAACAGUCCACAAAAUAAACCCUUAAAGUAAAAAAGAAUAAAUUUUUCUUUUGAUUGAAAAAAAAAAUAUUACUCUGUUUUAUUUUGUUCGUCUUUAUGAAAUAUAGUUGCGCGCUCGGACACACACACACAGUGCUUGUUUGCAUAAUUAUUGUCUUGAAAUUGAUUUUUUUAAUUUGAUUUCAGUGAUGAAUCUAUUGUUUAUUAAAGACAGUGAUAGUUCGUACAAGUUCAGAGCUAUACCUGUUUUUUGUUUUCUAAGAUUUAAGGAAUUGCAUAUGUAUAUAAGUAGUAAUAUCCAUCUUCAUUUUCAACCUAUGUGUUCCUUUGCACAUUAAAAAUUUAUAAUAUGAAAUAUAUGAAAGAAAAAUAUCAAUAAAAAAAUCGUAUCUCUUUUUUUCUGAUUUUGAAUUCACUUUUGAAUGUGUGUAAAUUAAGGCAAAGAAAAUGUUUUGUUAGUUUUCACUUCUUACUAGUCUUAGUAAAAACCUACAAAUUUGUGUUAAUACAAUUCACCUAAGAAAAAGGAAAUAGGAUUAUAUAUAUAUAUGUGUGUGUAUGUAUGUAUGUGUAUACUUAAGCUUUAUUGGCAAUUUUUCACCAAUCACUGGUAAUACAAAACUGUGUUCGAGGAAAUAUAAUCCUAGUCUAAGCUAAAUCAGAUGAAUGUUGAUCAGGCUCAACUUUUGUUUCCAAUACUUUCAAAUGUUAUUCUGUGUCUUAUGCUAGAGUAAAAAAACUUUUCACUUUUAACCUUGAGUUUGUAAUUAUUGGUAAAGUAUACGAUAACUUGGCGUAUUAUUCAGAUUCAAGUAUGAAUUAAUUCAGUUUUGAUACGUUUACUUUUUGUGUGUGAAAACUACAUGAGAUAGUAUUGUCAGUUUUGUAAGCUGUUGGUUUAUUAAAUAAAUUCUUUUUUUUGUACC